UCUCUUAUAAAUUUUGUCCGAAGAUCUAUGUUUGUGUGUUCUCUGCUGACCUUCAUUCAUUUCCUUUGCGAGUACAUAAUGGCCAACGCUAAAGAACGUACCUUCAUCAUGAUUAAACCCGAUGGAGUCCAACGUGGACUCGUCGGGAAAAUCAUUCAACGUUUCGAGGAAAAGGGUUACAAACUUGUAGCCCUUAAGAUGGUUUGGCCUACCGAAGAGCUUUUAAAGAAUCAUUAUGCUGAUCUAUCGUCCAAACCUUUCUUUCCUGGUCUUGUAAAAUAUAUGAGCUCUGGACCAGUUGUACCUAUGGUAUGGGAAGGCUUAAAUGCUGUGAAAACUGGACGUGUAAUGCUUGGAGAAACAGAUCCAAAGAAUUCAGCUCCAGGUACGAUUCGUGGCGACUUUUGUCUUCAGGUUGGACGUAACAUAAUUCAUGGUUCUGAUUCGGUCGAAUCUGCGGAUAAAGAAAUAAAGUUGUGGUUUGGAAACACGGAAAAGGAUAGUUUGAUAGAUUGGGCAUCUUGGGCUGAAAAAUGGAUCUAUGAAUAAACAGCCAAGAGGUAACAUUUUAUUACACACUGCCAUUGUUAAAAUUAUAUUCUGCAAUCCUAUAAAAAAGUUUCCAACCUGAAUCAAAGUGGAAUACAUUGUAUUACUUAUGCAAGUACUUUUGAUCACACAGAAGCCUUAUAAGUAAUAAUUAUCAGACGUCUAUAAAUCAUUUAUCAACCUGUAUUAAUCAUUAUUAACAAAGAUAAUAAGAAAAAGAUUAAAUAUAGUUAUGAUAAACAUGGACAAUAGGAAAUGAUAUUUUAAAAAAACGAAUUUAAUUACAAAAAAUACUUUUCUGUAUCAACAAUACUCUUAUAUGUUUAUAUGUAUAUGUAUUCUUCCUAUUAAAAUAAUAAAAAAAGUAUACAAGUAA